AUGGCGUCCAAGACGGCCCCCGAGGAGGACAAUGUGGUCGCCCCCGUCGACUCUGUCAUCGACAUUGGCGACCACUCGGCCAAGCUGGCCAGCACCUUUGUGCAGAAUGCAAAGUCCGCCACGGACAAGGAGCACGCCAUGACUCUGACCCAAGGCAUCAAGCUGUACCCCAAGGCCAUCGCCUGGAGCAUCCUCAUCUCCACCUGUAUCGCCAUGGAGGGCUACGACAUCAGCCUCGUCAGCAACUUCUACGCCUUUCCCCAGUUCAACCAAAAGUACGGAGUCCUCACCGCCGACGGCACCUACCAGGUCCCCGCCCCUUGGCAGGCCGGCCUCAGCAACGGUGCUACCGUCGGUGAGAUCAUCGGUCUCUUCAUCAACGGCUGGGUCUCGGAGCGCUUCGGCUACCGCUGGACCGUCAUUCUCUGCCUUCUACUCGUCGCCGCCUUCACCUCAAUCUUCUUCACCGCCCAGAACGUCCAGACCCUGCUCGUGGCCGAGAUUCUCUGUGGUAUCCCCUGGGGCGUGUUCCAGACCCUCUGCAUCACCUACGCCUCCGAGGUCUGCCCCGUCGCCCUGCGCGGCUACCUGACCACCUAUGUCAACUUCUGCUGGGGUCUCGGCCAGGAGAUCGGUAUCGGCGUCAUCGUCUCCAUGCUCGAUCGCCAGGACGAGUGGGCCUACCGCAUCCCUUAUGGCCUGCAGUGGAUGUGGCCGGUGCCGUUGGCCCUCGGCAUCUACUUCGCCCCCGAGUCGCCCUGGUGGCUGGUGCGCAAGGGCAGGAUCGAUGACGCCAAGAAGUCGCUGCUUCGCCUGACGAGCAAGGGCAAGGACUCUGACUUUGACGCCGACGAGACCGUCGCCAUGAUGGUUCAUACCAAUGCCCUCGAGGAGAAGAUCACCGAGGGCGCCUCCUACCUCGACUGCUUCAAGGGGGUCGACCUGCGCCGUACCGAGAUCGUCUGCAUGGUCUGGGCCAUCCAGAACCUCAGCGGUAACUCCUUUUCCAACUACUCUACUUACUUCCUCAAGCAAGCCGGUCUCUCGACGAGAAACUCGUACAACUUCGCCCUCGGACAGUACGGCAUCAACAUGGUGGGCGUCUUUGGCGCCUGGUUCCUGAUGUCGUGGGGCAUUGGCCGCCGCACGCUGUACCUGUACGGCCUUGUGGGCCUCUGCAGCAUGCUCAUGGUCCUCGGGUUCCUGGGCCUCGUGCCGGAGGAGCACCGUGAGCAGGGUGCGCUGGCGACGGGCAGCAUCAUGAUAGUCUGGGCCCUCUUCUACCAACUGACUGUGGGCACCGUGUGCUACUCGCUGGUCAGUGAGCUGCCGUCGCGCCGCCUGCAGAUCAAGACGGUCGUCCUGGGACGUAACCUUUACAACGUUGUCGGCAUCAUUAACAAUGUCCUUACGCCCUACAUGCUGAACCCCAGCGCGUGGAACUGGCACAACUACACGGGCUUCUUCUGGGGCGGCAUCUGCUUCCUCUGCUGCGUCUACACGUACUUCCGCGUGCCGGAGCCGCGCGGGCGCACAUACGCCGAGCUGGAUAAGCUGUUUGAGCAAAAGAUCAGCGCGCGCCGGUUUGAGAACACCAAGGUCAACGUGUUUGAAGAGGACAUUGACGAGAAGGCCAUGAGCAACUACCACCAUCAGAUCCGCGUGUCACACUCGGAGAAGGACGUGCCGGUGUAA